GGGGAGGAGGGAGACGCCGCCCGGCACCUGCAGCCCCGCGCCGGGCCCGGCACCCCCGAGAGACGCUGUGGCUGCCCCGUCCCGGGACCCGGGUUAGCGGCUGAGAGCGAAGGGGGAGAGCCAUCCCCAGUGUCUUGACCUUGUUUGUGCCGCCUCUUUUUUGGGAAGGGGGUUUCCCGGGGGUUUGGGGCCGCAGCCCUGGUGCCCAUUUGCAAAAUGGAGCAGCUGAGGGCGCGGGGCCCGCCCUGCGCCGGGGCUUUACUUGGGUCGCGCUCGCUGGGGCCUGGUGCGGAGAGGUACACACACAUUACUGAGGAGCGUCCCCUUCACAAACCAAGAGAUAAUCAUCAUUGUGGAGGAUUUUAGCACAGAGAUUACUGGAUUUUGCUGUAUCUAACCACAAUGAUUUCAUCCUUGGUUGCUUAUGAUGAUUCAGACUCUGAGACAGAGACUGGAAAGGCUGAAGAUCCCCAUAUGUCUAGUAGAAAGACAAAUCCUGCAAGUUCUGCUGUGAAUCAUCUUCAGUGUUUUGCACCUGGUGGUUUAGACAAAAAAUUCACCUGCAAAACGCAGCCUGCUGAGAACAUUGGCAGUUCCACAGCAAGCAUGGUUCAUAAAGAUUGCUCUGCAUAUUAUGUACAGACUAAUAAGAGGGAGCUGACAACUGCUUAUCCUAGCAAAGUAUAUCCUGGCCAUACAGUAUACAUGUCCUAUAAAAGCUGUGACCAAGCAUCAGGCUCCUUGAUAAAAUCAGAACUUCUUUCUGGAAAUAGCACCUCCUCUCAGAAGAGAGUACAUAAAGAUGAUGUUGCCGCCAUCUCGGGAAUCCGACCGUAUAUCCCUAAAAGACUACGUCAAGAAAAAUCUGCUAGUGUGUCUGAAAGAAAAGAAUCUGAAGGACAGGGAGAGAAGACAAGUGAUGAAAUUAAACCAGAUAGAUCAGGAGAGAAAAGUUCCACAAAAAUUUCUGAAUUUAUUAAGCCAUAUUUAGGAUCUAAGUAUAAAUCCACUGAAAUCCCAAAGAACUUGGUGUUUCAGAUAGCCAAACACAGAGGUCCCAUUAAUAAAGUCCAGUGGUGUCCUGUGCAAGAAUGGAGUCAUAUGCUUCUCUCAGCUUCCAUGGAUAGUACAGUCAAGACCAGGUUGAAGAAUGUCAUGAGAUCAUCAAAAUGACCUGAAGUGGCAGACUGUUGGAUAAAUCUGGAUUACUUUCCAGGAGAAAGAGUAAAAAAAAUUAGGAAAUCUGCAUUGAUUCUUUGGGCAAGUGAAAUGGUAUUAUGAGAUACAAAUUGUAUUAACAUAAUUACCAAAUAAGGUAUUUGUACUCCUUUCAAUGUUGUCUGGUAAUCAUUUGAGAUACUUUCUAUCAAAAAGAUCAGUUAAAUGUGAAAAGGUGAAUUAACAAAUAAAAAGAAAGACGAAAGGUUCUGUUUCAUGUAUACACACUGAAUAUCUCCAAGAGGAAUGAAUCUGAGCAUUCUAAAGACGUGUUGACAUUGUGGGAAUUCUUCAGAGACAUAAUUUUUUAAAAAUAAUUUUUGCUCAAAGUAUAGAGUCAUUGAUGUUAGUAGCUUAGUGUUGCUGGAAAAUACUCUGCAAUGGUCUAUGGUCUUUUCUUUUGAAUGUGUUAAUGACCUAUUGUCCCUUGUUUUUGGGUGGGUUUUUUGUCCCUUAUAUGCAAGAGCUGAUGCUUAGAUAUUUUUUUUCUGGCCGGUUAAGACUUGCCAAAAGUAUCUGCUGCUGGGGAGAUUAUUGCUAAAACGCUUAGAAGGAAAUGUAUAGAAAAAGACAUUAUAUUACCUAUUGUAUUAUCAUAGUGUAUUUUUUCUCCUGCUGUUAAGAUAAUGUCAGUAUAUAUUUAUUUGAAGUUUGUGUUUUAGCCAUUGUUCUACAGUUUUGUAAUGCUGUAUAAAAAUGAUUGAAUUAAAAACUCUC